GCUACACAAAUCAUGCUCGCAAACCCUAGACUGCUCUCUUCUUUAGCAUCGGCACAGUUUGCAACCGAUAAUGGCGGCAGGUCCGGUGCGCUAUCUCCGCCGCCAAUCUCCGAGGAGGUGCAGAGGAUCGACGUCAAUCCCCUUAAAGAGACUCGAGAUUUCCCUCCCGAAGAUAUGUGUCUACGCAAUUGGCUCUUCAACCAUUUCUAAAAGGUUUCACGAAUUUAUGGAUUCGAAGAGGUGGAUUUGCCGGUACUAGAGUCAGAGGCGCUCCUUGUCAGGAAGGCAGGGGAGGAGAUCAAGGACCAGUUAUAUUGUUUUAAAGAUUGAGAAUGCGUAGUGUUGCAUUGAGGCCUGAGCACGCACCUUCUCUAGCAAGGCUGGUGAUACAGAAAGGAAAAUCUUUGCCCCUACCAUUGAAAUGGUUUUCUGUUGGACAGUGCUGGUGAUAUGAGAGAAUGACGAGGGGGCGAUGCAGCGAGCACUAUCAGUGGAAUAUGUAUAUUCUUGGCAUGCCUGGGGUCGCAGCUGAGGCAGAACUUAUUUCUUCUAUUGUCACUAUCUUCGAGAGAAUUGGAAUCAUGGCAUCUGAUGUUGGAUUUAAGAAUUAUUGAGGUGCUAUUCCAUACCUGAAAAUUUGUUUGCCAAGGUCUGCAUCAUCAUAGACAAGAUUGAGAAGAUUCCAAUUGAUGAGAUCAAGAGUUAAAGUCUACUGGUUUAUCAGUAGAGGCUAUUGAGGAGCUAUUGCAAGUCCUUUCCAUAACAUCAUUGACAAAACUGGAAGGCUGGUUUUACAAUAUGAUGAUGAGAUGUUGUUUCUUGAUAUCUUUGAGCAAAAGAGGCAAUCCAAAGCCCUCUUGCCCUAAAUAAACAUUCUUUUACUUCAACAAAAUAUGAAAUGAUAAGGCCUUAUUCUUAUUGUGCCAUAUCUUUGUGACGAUAGAAAAACUUGGGAGUGCUGGGGAGGCAAUUGCUGCCCUGAAACAAUUGUUCUCACUUGCUGAAGAGUUUGGUUAUUAUGUGUGGAUUCAAUUCGAUGCAUCCAUUGUCCGUGGCCUUGCAUACUACACUGGUCUUGUAUUCAAGGAUCCUGCUGUAGGAAGUCAUCUUUUCCAAAUUUGUACAACCUGCUGGGCAGCACCACUAACAUGAAGGGAAUGACAAUAAUCUCUUGAAGUUCAUUGUACAACUUAUUCUUAACAAUUUUGGGAUUCCUCUCAGGGUUUUGAUAGAAAAGGAAAACUGAGAGCCAUUUGUGGUGGUGCUGAUAUGAUCGAUUACUCUCUACUUUUGGAGGGGAUGACAUUCCAGCUUGUGGCUUUGGGUUUGGUGAUGCUGUCAUUGUAGAAGUAUGCUAAAGUCCAGAAAAUUUUUUUUCCAGCCAUGUUGUUGAAGGAGAAGGGACUCGUACCUGAACUCAGCUUUGAAGUAGACAAACAUUGUCUGUGCUCUGGAUCAUGAUCUUCAAGGGGUAGCAGCAAGAGUUGCUACCUACUUUGAGGAAAAGGCCAAACAGUUGAUUUAGUCUUGGAGAGCAAGCCACUUAAAUGGGUGUUCAAACGAGCUGUAAGGACAAAUGCACAGAGGCUGAUAUUGGUUGGAACUACAGAUUGGCAAAGGGGUAUGAUUGGUGUAAAAAUCCUCUCUUCCGGUGAGCAAUAUGAGAUUCAACUUGAUGAAUUAGAGUGUAAGACAUUGGCUUGCGUUUGUAGCUCGUCUGUGCUUAUGUUUUCAGUUUCUAAUUUUGUUCUUAUAAGCAUGCUUAGGUUCUAAUUUUGCUUAUUCAAUUGUUUUUCUCUUUCUAAAGUACUUGUGGGUGUAUUUCAAUAUAUUAAAUUAUUAUCA